CGUUGACAUCAUCGACAGCCAGCAAGGUGCCCACCGAGCCGUCAAAACAACACAAACAACACCUCAGAAACCAACCCCAACAAUAAAUCACAUAAAUUCCUACCAUACUUUGAUCAUCAAUCUCUGCGUCAUUUUCGAUCCCAAAGUGUCCAUACAGCAAGCACAAUGCCGUUCGCUCUCGCCUCCUGCUCCAUCGGCCUUCCCAAACACACGCUCCACCAAAAGAUCGAAGCCAUCCGUCACGCCGGCUUCGACGGCAUCGAGCUCUCCUUCCCCGAUCUCCAGUCAUACGCCAACCUGCACUUCGGGCGCGACAUUGCCGAAGACGACUACGACACCCUCUGCGAAGCCGGGCAAGCAGUUCGAACCCUCGUCGAGCGCCACAACCUCAACAUCUUCGUCCUACAGCCCUUCUCCAACUUCGAAGGAUGGCCCGAGGGCAGCAAGAAGCGUGAGGACGCCUUUGCGCGUGCAAGAGGAUGGAUAAGAAUUAUGGAAGCAGUGGGGACGGACAUGCUCCAGGUUGGCUCGUCCGAUUCUGAGGGCAUCGCCACCGAUCCCGAGCGGGUGGCAGCCGAUCUUCGAGAGUUGGCGGACAUGCUGGUCGAGAAGGGGUUCAAGCUGGCGUACGAGAACUGGUGCUGGUCCACGCACGCCCCCAAAUGGUCGGAUGUUUGGAACAUCGUGCAAAAGGUCGACAGGCCCAACGUCGGACUGUGCCUUGAUACGUUCCAGUCCGCUGGAGGGGAGUGGGGAGAUCCUACAACUGAGUCUGGCAGGAUCGAGACGCCGGCUAUCACCGAGAUGGAGCUGUCUGUUAGAUAUAGAGCCAGCUUGAAGGAGUUGGCGGAAACAGUGCCGGCCGACAAGAUCUUCUUCUUCCAGAUCAGCGAUGCGUACAAGGUCCAGCCACCGUUGGAUGACAAGCCCGAUCCGGAGUCGGGGCUGCGGCCGAGAGGACGUUGGAGUCACGACUAUCGUCCGCUUCCCUACGACGGUGGUUACCUCCCCAUUGAGCAGUUUGCCAAAGCAGUGCUGGACACGGGCUUCAAGGGAUGGUUCAGCGUGGAAGUGUUUGACGGGAAGUUUGAGGAGAAAUUUGGCCAGGACUUGAACAAGUAUGCUCAGAAGGCGAUGGAUUCCUGCAAGGAGUUACUCUCAAAAGCGAAGGAAAAGGAGACCCAGUGAAUGUCAUGAAGACAACUACGGCACUUCUUACCUUACAGGACACCCCACGAUUAGACACAGCGAAUCUUGUUAGCCAUUAUUCUCUCUCUUUCACUACUUCUUCCUUAUCUCGUUCUUUACUUCUGUUUCCUUGGCUAUCUGGGUGAUGCGGCGUUUUUAAAAUAUCUAAGAACAAUCAGGGCGCACAAGCGUGUUGACUUCGACGAUAAGCCGAUUGUCAAUAGUACGCUAACCCAUUCUUCCUUCUUGGGAGAUCCGAUAUUCUCAUGAGGUGAAGCUGCUUCACUGCGCUCAGUCUUUUCCUGAACCUCUUUCUUAGGAGCCUCAGUGCUGGCAGCGGACUCCUACUUCAUCGUCUCCUCCUCCUUGCCACCAUCGUCCUCCUCCUUCUCCGUCGUCAAAUCACUCUCAUGAAGAGAGAUUUUGCCGUCAUCCUCGCCAAACGCAUGACUAGCCUCCUCCUCCAUCCACGACCCCAACGCGCCACUCCAGGGCAAUUCAUCAUCCAACUUCUUCCCCGGGACAUUCUCUUCUGAGAACUCCUUCAAGUAUAUAUCCUCACCUGUCCACUUCAACUGCUC